CAGCCUAAUUAUCAAAACCACUUGCUUGUAGAUAAGAAAAAGGGACGAGGAAGGCGGCCGUUUGGCCGGCAAGAAUUUUUCUCGACCAACCGCCUGCUGCAUCACUGAAAAAUUAUGACGACGGCGCUGGUAUCCAGCAUGAUUUCGGACGAGAUUUCUUUCGCCAUCGCGGCGGGAAUCGGGGUCUGCACGCUCGCCUAUCUUCACAUGCGGAUGACCGGGGGGAUGAAAAAUCAGGACAAGAAGAAUCAUGUCGAUGCGGCGCAAGAACCUGUAUUGCUGCAGGACGAGGAGCGGCGGGCGGAGCAGCAUGCGAAUCUUCCUUCUGCGAGGAAAACUACCACGACGAACAAGAACCCUGAAAGAAGAUCUUCGUGGUUCAGUGACAAUGUCAUGGAGCAAAGAAAUUCAUUUAGUAAGGGCGAUGCAAGUAGUUCUUGCAGCAAUGCCGAUGCUCGGGGCUGCACUGAGACCAAAUCUCGCCUCAGUGCCUUUUUCUCAUUUUCCGGAGAAAGUGCUUCUACCACAUCACACGUUUCGACGGCGAGCGAAAAGACACCAACGACUUCCACGAGUGCGGCGACGAGCAAGGAAUCAGUGGGAGGUGGAACAACUACAGCAUCCGAGCAGGAUCCUCCACUGGAUAUUAAACCACGGUGGACCAGUUUUUUCUCCGCAGCACCCGCUUCCGGUUGUACUUCUAGUUCUAUGAAGAUCGCAACCUCCUCCCGACGUCCGGAAGAACUACAACACAAUGACGUCGAUUGCGGCGCCAGCACGUUUUCGGAGCAAACCGAAGACGACGAGGAUUCGGACGAAAGUGUAGCUUCCAGCACGCUCCUCUACUCCACAGGCGGGAAUAAAGCCAGCCAUUUACUCUUACCCGAUCUCGGGUUUCGGCUCGAAGUCGGCGAACUAUCAACUGCAAAUAUGUCUGGGUCUGGGAGAUUGCGAGAUUUGUCAUGCUAGUCUGGCAUGACUCUGGGAUUUGUAUUGCGUGGCAACCAAGAGCUCCUCUAGCCUGUCAUGCAAACACGCAAUUUCUCAUGCGGAAUACGCAACAAAGAAGCAUGAAAAAACUUGUGAUGCAUGGCGGCGCAUUACAGUGUCCUUAUUAUUCAGUGACCUGCAUCACACUUUCCAGACCCAGACAUUUUUGCAUUUGAUACGAACACCAAAUGUACCACGGUAGGAUGCAGUUCACGGUCCGCCUGCUCGAGUGGCGCGACAAGAGCCCGAACGAGCAAGUCACUCUCGCAAAAGCCACCCGUUCCUAUUCCCAGUUCAAAAAGCUGCACAAAACGACCAACAGCAAGCAGCACACGCCGUUUCUGCGCCGCCUGCUGUUCUCGUCCCACGUCAGCAAGGUGCAGCAGCGGACGGAGUGCCUGCAAAAGUUCUGCGCAAGGUUGCGGGUGUCAGACCGGAAUCUGAAGCUGCUGGCGGCGUUCUUGGCUUUGCGGAGUGGAAGUGAGGAAGAGACGCGGCUCCUCGAAGCGUUCGCGAAGCAAGCGGGUGCGGAAGAAUUUUUCUGCUUUGCUGUUCAUCUUUCAGGAUGUCUUUAUUGUCUUGCUCUUGCGGAAGUUCUGGGUUGUAGUCUUUGUCCUGUCCACGUGGCCUGGACUAUUGCUGCACCUCCCCUGCGCAUUUUGCUUCUGAAAGUGUACUCCUUUGCUGUCGUCCACUGCCGCAUCAUGAAGAAAGCAAGAAUGUCCUCGGCGUCACACAUACUUACGUGCUUACUUGCUAGUGCAUCUGUGUUCGUUGCUCUAGCUCGCGGCUAGUCGUACAAAAAUUGUCGUGGCAUUGGUGUACGUGGCGUAUUUUUUACAUGGACAGCACUUCUACAAGAGGAAGUAGAAACUCUUCGGCAGGCACGACACCGUGAGGGGAGUGCGACAUUCUGCAUUGAGCAAGAGGUGAAAAUAGAUGGAUUGACAGAGCAGACACUUUCAGAAGUGGUGUAGUACGUGAUGCAACGAGUGCAGUGGCGGGGGUUUGCAAUGUCAGUAGGAUCGUGGUUAUUUCCAAUCCGCGCUAUUUCCUACAACAACUCCAGGUUUUCUCAUGUCAUUUAUCCCAAUCAACAUAGGUUCGGCUUCUACCUCUUGCACUCCCUCGGAAGCUGCAGCAGCAGCAGCAGCAAAACACCGCACCAUGCCCGAGGAAGUAGCUCCCGGCGUCGCGAAUGGGUGCGGCUGCGAGGUGGUGGUCCAGGCGACUGCCAUCGAUGACGACAUCGCCAAACACUACAAGAAGGGCGGCUGGUUCGGGGCGGUGGCGGGCGCGUUCGGGGACAAAAAGACGAUGUACUGCCAUCACAUAACAAGGAGCGGUAUAGUUUUCUAUGAAGAUUUCUUUGUUUUUUCUUCCUCACCAUUGAUGCAGUCUCUCUUGUGGUGCAAAAUUUGAAUUUGACUUUGGGCGGAUCAUCGUCUAGAAAUCCAAAAAUCCACUUGUCAUGACCGUCUGGCACGAUGUUGAACAUAAAUUCAUCCAAGGUGGUUUUGCAGUGAAAGAAGCCAAGGCCCAGGGCCUCUGCUUUUCCACCGAGACGGAAGUCUGGGAGUUUUUGGGCAAAAAGUGCGGGGGCCGGUUCACGCUGAGGGACUGGGGCACCAAGACCAUGGGGUGCGGUGGUCUCGGGGAGAAGGAUCACGACGAGACCUGUAACACGGAAACCUGUCUUUUUCUCGCAAACAACUUGAAGUGCCCAGUGCCGAGGUGGGCAAUCAAAUGAAAACAGAUUUUUAUUGCUAAUGCCGUGUUCCAUGGAUGGAAUCGCAAUUCACGAAAGAGAUGAAAUAUUGUACGAUACCGAUUGAAAAAGGUGGUCAUGAACAACUUCUGAUAUAUGAAGAAGAAGACGGUAGCAAAUGUAAAAUAGAUUCGAUCACGUGAUGGUGCUGUGGCUGUGCUGUAAUGGAAAUCUGCUCAAAGUUUUUGAAGCACCGAUGGUGAGAUAUCACACGCGCAGCUCUGCAGAG